UAUAAAGCAUUGCGGCAUAAGAGGUACACGAGAGCCCCAGCCCCUAACUCACUCUCGCAGGCUCCCCCAGCCAAGCGCACUUCCGGUCCACGAUCUCGACUCGACCCUCCGCGAAGAUACAACGCCCUUGGGCUACUCCUCACCUCCUGCUACUGCAGCUCUUUUCUAGAUGCUGUCGGCAACGAUACCCGCUCUCGGUGGCCACGACGCCGCCACUACGACCAUUUGCACAGCCAGCUCCAUGAGCUCGCGGUAUCCCCUCAUAUCAACGUGGGCGCGUCACUCCGCAACCCCGAAGUGGCUAUACCGAGUCUACCAUUCAGGUAUCAUGACUCUCAAGCCGAAUGAAACACCGGGGCUUCAACGCCCCCCAGCUGAUGAUGACAGCAGCCACCUGAACGCUUCCUCGACGGUCGCCACGGUGCCACCUCCCCCACAAUAUGCUAUUCAAGGCCGGAGACUCUCUCCUAAUACUCUGACUCCAACCAGAGCAGUGCCAUAUACCAGUCCGCCUAGAUGUCGCCCCUUCCGUCACCGCCACAGUGGUCAGCGGCACCUUCGAGAUAACGCGAAAAGCCUCAGCCGCCCCCGAAAACACGUUACGCCGCUCUCCCUACGCACGAAUCACAAGCUCUUCCAGAGCACUUCCCAGAAAUCCUGCGCGCUAUAACCGCCACCGUCUUCGCAACCGUGCCUGCCUAUCAAUACCGACCAGCCGCUUUCAUAGCUGGCUUGAACCCUGUCAACAGUAGAAGGGCCUGUGACUGGGAUCACGGUCUAUUUAGGGCUCGCUCUAGAAUACCGGAAGAUGGGUGGCAAACAAUAUACUGGUAGGAGAGCUGAUGCUCCCGCACAAGGACGAAGGGGCUAUCACAACUGGAA